AGGAACUGUUAGGAUGUGGGCAUGUGAAUCUCUCGCUGCUACAGCGCCGUUUUCAUUCACACGCUGCAGAGCGUGGUGAGAAAAAGGAACAACUUUUCAAAGGGGAAGAACGUUUGCAGUUUAACUGAGAAUUCUGCAUUUUUCCCCUCGAGCGCUGAUAUUGGAACCUAUCCCUCCCUUUUUGAAUCUUUCAGGCUUGGAGCAGAGAGGACAAGGGGGGCAGCAGUCUGCAAGGAGGUCCUGUGAUACAUGGCCACUCGGAGUUCCCUGUACCCCAACGAACUCCAGGAGGUGACUACAGGGCGCCAGCACGAGAUCGUGUGGGCGUAGCGCACGGCCGCCAUGGCUCUGCUCCAGGCCCUGCCCGUCCCCUCUGAUCACCACACUGCUGGCCUCGACGCCCAGCUCCGCCCCGGCCCCGCCCCCUCACCCCGCUCACCCUCCGGCCAGCCGGGCGCCAUGGGAUCCGUCAGCAGCCUGAUCUCGGGCCGGUCCUACCAGGAGCGCCACUUCGGUGCCAAGCCCCGUAGGCCCACGCCAGCCGCCACCUGCUUCCGCACUGGUGGCUCCCAGGAGCACCUGGUCACCGCUGGCGCUGCUGCCACCGCCGCACCACCUGCCCGGACCCAGCCCCCCUCCGGGAACGACAACGCCGGCUACGCCCACCCAGGCGAGGACUGCUUCUCCGGGGACUGGAACGACAACCACGCCGCUCCCGCCACCCCCGGCAGUGACCCCGAGGAGGCCCCCGCGGGGUGCACCCUGAACGGGAACAUCGUUGGGGGGCCCCCUCCCAAACUCGUACCUGUGUCCGGGAAACUGGAGAAGAAUGUGGAGAAGACGUUGAUCCGACCCACAGCCUUCAAACCUGUGGUCCCCAAGAACCGCAACUCGGUGCAGUACCUGUCUCCGCGGCCAGGGGGCAGUCUGUCAGAGAGCCAGGGCAGCCUCAACCUCCUCCUGCCAGGAGCUGGGGGCUCGCCGGGGGGUGCCUCCGAAAAGCGGAACUCCUACAGCGGGGGGCGCACGGGCGGGGGCAGCCAGUCUUGCACUAUGUCGGACUCGGGGCGCAACUCCCUGUCCAGCCUGCCCACGUACAGCAGUGCCGGGUUCAGCCUGGGGCCGGGGGAGGCCCCCGGGGGCCACCUGGAGCCUGCAAGGCCCACGCAGGGGCCCGGGCAUGGCCACGGCCACUCCAACUCGGACAGCGGCCGUUCGUCCUCCAGCAAGAGCACAGGGUCGCUGAGCGGGCGGGGCCAGCCGCUGUCGGACAGCGGGUCGUGCGGCCGGUCCCCAGCCCCCGCAGAGGGGUACGAGGCUGUGGUGCGGGACCUGGAGGAGAAGCUGAGGGAGAGGGAGCUGGAGCUGCAGCAGCUAAGGGAGAACCUGGACGAGAACGAGGCCGCCAUCUGCCAGGUGUACGAGGAGAAGCAGAAGCGCUGUGAGCAGGAGCUGGAGGAGCUCCGGCAUAGCUGCUCCACCCGCAUGAAGCAGGCGUCCCAGAAGGCCGUGCGGGCCCAGCAGGUGCUCCAGCUGCAGGUGCUGCAGCUGCAGCAGGAGAAGAAGAAGCUGCAGGAGGACUUCUCCCAGCUGCUGCAGGAGCGAGAGGUGCUGGAGGACCGCUGCGCCACCAUCCAGCACGAGCAGACCCAGCUGGGGCCCCGCCUGGAGGAGACCAAGUGGGAGGGGUGUCAGAAAUCAGGCGAGAUCUCCCUGCUGAAGCAGCAGCUGAAGGAGCUGCAGGCGGAGCUGGGCCAGCGGACGGGUGAGAUCGUGGCGCUGAAGGCGCAGCUGCGGGAGGCCCGGGCGGAGCUGCAGGCCGGCCAAGCCCGCGCCCAGGAGGCGCACGCGGCCGCCCGCACGCGUACCCUGGAGCUGGAGGUGUGCGAGAACGAGCUGCAGCGCCGCAAGAGCGAGGCCGAGCUGCUGCGCGAGAAGGUGGGCCGGCUGGAGGAGGAGUCCGCCCGCCUCCGGGAGGCCCUCAGCGCUCCCAUUGGCCAGGGAGGAGGAGGAGCUGCUUGUGUUUACCCCGCCCCCAGUGGCAUGUGCCUGCCCCAUGGGCGGGGCUUGGGGUUAACCUCCUCCUACCCAGGGGAGGAGCAGCUGUUGGCCUACGAGAGCGAUGAGGCGAAGGCCCAGCGCCAGGGCGGUGGUGGCGACAGUCUCCACGGCCUGCGGCAGCAGGUGGAGCGUCUGCGGGUGGAGCUGGCGGCGGAGCGGCGGCGGGGCGAGGAGCAGGCCGAGGCCUUUGAGGACGAGCGGCGCGUGUGGCAGGAGGAGAAGGAGAAGGUGAUCCGCUACCAGAAGCAGCUGCAGCAAAACUACGUGCAGAUGUACCGCCGCAACCGGGAGCUGGAGCGCGUGAUGCGGGAGCUCAGCCUGGAGCUGGAGGCCCGUGACCUGGAGGAGGCUGAUGGGCCCGGCAACGAGAUCCGCUUCGAGGAGAUCACCGCCACUGAAAUCUGAGUCGGGCUUGCGGGGUGGGGGGGGGGUGUCAGGAGUGGACUCGUACUGAAAAAAGCCCUCUGCGUCACUCGAGGUUCUCUGGGAGGACGGUGACCUCUAAAACAGUAAUUAAAGAGGGAGGAAGCAGAGGAGUAAGAUAACCCUCUCUCUGACCCAGAGGGGAACGACAGUGGUAUCACAUUGCAUCCACAAAACAGAUAGGAGGACGUGGUAACGGAGCAGUCUGGCGGGAUGUGGGGAAAGCAGCUCUGGAGGCCUGCUAACAUCACUCACCACAGACCCGAAAAUCAAAGAGAUAACCCCCCCCAAUUACCACCACCGCCCUGCUAAGCCCCAGAAAUAGCUCCCAAUUCCCCAACGCCCCAGACUGGAGGUUCAGCCUCCUCUGAAAGGUCAUAUGACUGAUCCCUUUCCUGGGUGCCAUGGAGACAGGCAUUGGAAAUAGAGGGGUGGAGACAGAAAGGGAUUGGGCGGAGC